CCCGCCUACCAGAAUUUGAGACAGCGCGUUGACAACUUCGUUUCCAACCAUUUGGCAACUCAUACCUGGAGUCCUCAUCUCAACAAGAACCAGCUGAGAAAUAACAUUAGGCAGCAGGUUCUCAAGUCUGGAAUGUUGGAAUCUGGAAUUGACAGAAUUAUUUCUCAGGUUGUGGACCCAAAGAUCAACCACACAUUCAGACCUCAGGUGGAAAAAGCUGUCCAUGAAUUUUUAGCCACACUGAAUCACAAAGAGGAGGCAGGCCCCAGUACAGCUCCAAGUGAGGAGAAAACAGAUGCUUCUAUUACAGUACAAGGUGUUUCGGCUACGACUCCUAGUGGCAACGUAGCUAGUGAUGCAAUGUCCAUUUUGGAAACAAUAACUUCUCUUAACCAAGAAGCAAGUGCUGCCAGGGCUUCAACAGAGAACUCAAAUCCCAAGAACAAUGACAAAGUUGCAAAAAGACUCUCAUCUCAGCAAAGUGUGGAUGGUAGCACUGAUAGAGAGAGAAAUGUGGAGGACUUGCCAGACAGAGAGAAAGCAAUUUGUGAUCUUUCUGGAGAAGGGGCUGAAACAUUUGCAAAGUGUGAAGAUUUAAAUGAUCUUCCCUGCCAAAGUGAAGAACUAAAAAAUUCAGCAAAGGAUACUAAUAAUUUGACUUUUACAAGUAAAGAUACAAGUAAAGAAAUUCAACAAGAAAGUGAAGAUCAAAAGAGUAAAUUAUUGGAUAAAUGUGACAAGAAACCAGACAGCAGUGAAAAAGGCGAAAGAAGAAAAGAAAAGAAGGAAAAACUUGACAAGAAGUCUGACCAUUCAAAGAAAAGUGAUGAUGCUAUGAAAUCAAAAGAAGAAAAGCAAGCCAGAGAGUUGGAACCAGUGAAACAGCUAGCUCCAGAAAAAAAUAGCAAUAAACAUAAAACAACUGAAAGCACUAAAGAAACUAAAGAAGAAAAUACGUCGGUAGAUUCAGAUAUGGAUGUACUCAGUGACAUCACUGUCAGCUCUGUCCAUACCAGUGACCUUUCUUCCUUUGAAGAGGAAAGUGAAGAGGAGACUGUGAUUUCUGACAGUACUGAAGAGGGGGAGAUCACAUCAGAUGAUGAAGAGGACAAAAACAGUCAAAGAAAGACAAAGCUUCAUGCUAAUGAGCUGAAUGAUGGGAAAGCCAAGCCUGUUCGUCAUGCUUAUGUUCGUAAGCCUUUCUUGUACUCCAAAUACUUCAGUGAUUCCGAUGAUGAACGAACUGUAGAACAACGCCGUCAGUCCAUU